GGGGGCGCGGCGCGCCGGGGCGGCAUGCGAUGGGGAACUGCUGCUGGACGCAGUGCUUCGGGCGCCUCCGCAAGGAAGCGGGGCGCCUGCAGCGCGGAGGCGGCGGAGGAUCCAAGUAUUUUAGGACAUGCUCAAGAGGUGAGCAUUUAACUAUAGAGUUUGAGAACCUAGUAGAAAGUGAUGAAGGGGAAAGCCCGGGAAGCAGUCAUAGGCCUCUUACCGAGGAAGAAAUCAUUGACCUAAGAGAGAGGCAUUAUGAUUCCAUUGCUGAAAAACAGAAACAUCUGGAUAUGAAAAUUCAAAAGGAGUUAGCCUUACAAGAAGAGAAGUUAAGACUAGAAGAAGAAGCUUUACACGCUGAACAGCGUAAAGCAGCCAGGGCAGCAAAGCAGCGAAAGCUCCUGGAGCAAGAAAGACAGAGAGUCAUGCAGCGAUACCAUCCUUCCAACAGUGGAGACUGUCACAGUUCAGGAGCAGAAGAUGACUUUGAAUCUUGUUUGAGAAAUAUAAAGUCACAGUAUGAAGUUUUUCGAAGUAGUAGACUUUCAUCAGAUGCCACAGUUUUGACGCCAAAUACAGAAAGCAGUUGUGAUUUAAUGACCAAAACUAAGUCAACUAGUGGAAAUGAAGAUAGCACAUCCUUAGACCUAGAGUGGGAAGAUGAAGAAGGAAUGAAUCGAAUGCUUCCAAUGAGAGAACGCUCCAAAACAGAGGAAGACAUUCUUCGGGCAGCACUGAAGUAUAGCAGCAGGAAGACCGGAAGUAAUCCUACAUCAGCUUCUGAUGACUCCAACGGACUGGAGUGGGAGAAUGAUUUUGUUAGUGCCGAAAUGGAUGAUAAUGGCAAUUCUGAGUAUUCUGGAUUUGUAAAUCCUGUAUUAGAACUGUCUGAUGCUGGCACAAAGCCAUCUGAUGCAGAUCCACAGAAACGAUAGGGUAGACUUGUGUGACCCUACUUACCGGUUAUGACCAAAAGUUAAAAACCAACUAGAAUGUAUAAAUGGUUGUGCUGAGACUUUGGAAAAGAGGGAGGUAAGAAACUGUUGUAAAUGCUUUUUAAAAAGCAGUGGGAAUGGAAGGGUAUAUCAAAUGGCUUCAGAAUUAAGUGCAAUUUCAUCAUCUGCCUUCUGUUUUCCAAAAAACAUUUUAAUGAUCCUGUCAUGUUGUCGAUUAAAUUUACUUUAACUCCUUAUAGCAUUCCUGUUUAUCAUUUGUAGCAUUUCCCUUUUUAGACAUUUUAUUAAUUUCACUUCAAAUGCUUUCUUAAUCCUAUUUCAGUAGCUAACAAUGAAAAUAUUAAGACACUUUUGGUUAAUUCUCAGCAGACGUGAAGGGAGCAUUAGGAGGGACUACAAUAUUGUUUCAAAAUAGUGUUCCCUUUUCCAACAUUAUUUCUGUGACUUAUUUAAUUUUUUUACCUAAUAGUAAGCACAGUUAAUUUGAGGACUCACAAAAUGCUGAAGUAUCAGUUUCUUUCUAGACAUGUUGCAUAGCCCAGUAUAAUAAUGUUGGUCAAUCUGAACAAAGGGUACGAUAUGAUAAAAUAAGCUCUGAGCUUGGAAACAAAGUUGGUAAUCAAAAGUAAUAUUUAAGAAAAUAUAUAUAUACACUUAGGUUUUUCACUUCCUUUUACAUGACACUAUAAAGGAAUAUUGACACUAAUUGCUAUAUCAGAUCUCUAGAUGUCUUCUUUAAUUCUGUAUUUCCAAUAAAUGGACUUAGAAAGACUUUACACAGAACGUAUUCUCUGUGCAUGACUAUUGAGGAAGGAAAACUUGAAAAGCUUUAAUACGGGUAUUUCAAAGUAAAUAAGUCCUUUCUGGUUUGAAAGGAUUCAUUGAUUUUAUUAAGCUUUCCUUUGCCUUGUAAUACAAGGUGCUUUAAUGGGAUGAAACUAAGUCUGUCAAUAUGUAUAAUUACAUUUUGUGAUAUACAGUUAACCCUUCUUUUCUCUCAAGUUUAUGUAUCAAUUUAAAAAGCCAAGGACAUAAGAUAGUCCCUAAUUGCUUAUCUUGAUUUUGCUGAGGAUCGAGUAUGAUUUUGGUAAGCAAAAAUUUUCAGUUUUUUCUUAGUGGUUUUGUUUUUCUUGCAACAAUGACAGUGCAUGUUCUCAAAAAUAUAGGAAGGUCCAUAUAUAUAAAUAUAUAAAUAGUAACUUCAAGUUCUUGCUUUAGUUAAAAAAAAUCAUGUGGCCCUUUCCAAUAUUUGAACUGCUAGGCAAUGACAUUUAUAGUUUCCUUUUUUAUCUCAUAGAAAUAAAUAUAUGACACUUCAAAUGUGUAAAUAUAUUAGGUCAUGCUAUUUAUGUCUGUCUUAACAUAAUUAUACCUUGUAGCUGUGUCCCUGGAAAUAUUUUCAAGGUAAUCUAUAUUCACACUGCCUGUGUUAUGCUUUUUAAAGUUUGUAUACAUCAGAUGUAUAUUUUUGGUUUGGCAUUAGCUACUAUUGUAAUUUUUCUUGGCAUUUUGUUCAUAAAGAAUUUUUUGAAGGAAUGGUAACUUCUCAAGGAUUGUGAAUAAACACAUUUUUACAUUUAAAUAUAGUGACU